CAAACACAGAUGGCAAAUCAUGGUAGAGGGGACCAUGAUGUCUGGCAGAGACCAGGAGCCAUCUCACUACUAUGUGGGCAUCGAUGUGGGAACAGGUAGUGUCCGUGCGGCUCUAGUGGACCAGAGAGGGCUCCUUUUGGCUUUCGCAGAACAGCCAAUUAAGAAGUGGGAGCCCCAGUUCAACCACCACGAGCAGUCCUCAGAGGAUAUCUGGGCAGCAUGUUGCCUUGUCACAAAGGAAGUUGUUCAAGGGAUUGAUGCACAUCGAAUCCGAGGACUUGGUUUUGAUGCCACGUGUUCUCUGGUUGUGUUGGAUAAAGAGUUCCAUCCUUUACCAGUAAACCAUGAAGGGGACUCCUCUCGAAAUGUUAUCAUGUGGCUGGACCAUCGGGCUGUCAGCCAGGUUCACAGGAUUAAUGAGACCAAGCACAGAGUCCUUCAGUAUGUGGGUGGUGUGAUGUCUGUGGAGAUGCAGGCUCCAAAGCUCCUGUGGCUGAAGGAGAACUUGAGAGAGAUUUGCUGGGAUAAGGCGGGACAUUUCUUUGAUCUCCCAGACUUCUUAUCAUGGAAGGCAACAGGUGUCACAGCACGGUCUCUCUGCUCCUUGGUGUGCAAAUGGACAUACUCAGCAGAGAAAGGUUGGGAUGACAGCUUCUGGAAGAUGAUUGGACUGGAAGAUCUCAUUGAUGAUAAUUACAGCAAAAUAGGAAAUCUCGUGUUGCUUCCUGGAGCUUCUCUUGGAAUUGGGCUCACACCAGAAGCGGCCAGAGAGCUGGGUCUUCCUUCAGGAAUUGCAGUGGCUGCCUCACUCAUUGAUGCCCAUGCAGGAGGACUAGGAGUGAUCGGGGCAGAUGUGAGAGGUCACGGGCUCACCUGUGAGAGACAGCCAGUGACGUCAAGGCUGGCUGUCAUCUGUGGAACAUCAUCUUGUCACAUGGGGAUCAGCAAAGAUCCAGUGUUUGUACCAGGUGUCUGGGGACCUUAUUUCUCAGCCAUGGUCCCUGGGUUCUGGUUGAAUGAAGGUGGUCAGAGUGUGACUGGAAAAUUGAUAGACCAUAUGGUGCAGGGCCACCCUGCCUUUCCUGAACUACAAGCCAAGGCCACAGCCAGAUGCCAGAGUAUAUAUGCAUAUUUGAAUGGUCACCUGGAUCUGAUUAAGAAGGCUCAGCCUGUGGGUUUCCUCACUGUUGAUUUACAUGUUUGGCCAGAUUUCCAUGGCAACCGGUCUCCCUUAGCAGAUCUGACUCUGAAGGGCAUGGUCACUGGAUUGACGCUGUCUCAGGACCUUGAUGAUCUUGCCAUCCUCUACCUGGCCACUGUUCAAGCCAUUGCUUUUGGGACUCGCUUCAUCAUUGAAACCAUGGAGGCAGCAGGGCACUCUCUCAGUACCCUCUUCUUAUGUGGAGGCCUAAGCAAGAAUCCGCUUUUUGUGCAAAUGCAUGCUGACAUCACUGGCAUGCCUGUGGUCCUGUCACAAGAGGUGGAGUCUGUCCUCGUGGGAGCUGCUAUUCUGGGUGCCUGUGCCUCAGGGGACUUCACUUCUGUGCAGCUCUUGCAGGUAGAAUUCUUCCCAGGAUGCUUUUCGAGAUUGGCCUUCUAUCUGGAACUCUGACCUCUGGCUUCACUACCAGAGGAGACAUCUGGGAAGAGCCAUGGAACUGGUCCUCCCUACCUUAACCAUCAUCCUUUGCUGAUGGACGGAGGUUGGCAUUAACAGUGUCAGUUUAAUUCCUUCUCAGCACUUAAAGCUUUGAGAUAUCAGGACCCAACCCUGUGCUGGAUCAUCAUGUAAGGUUUAAUCCCACCCAUGCCAUUAGAUUGAUAAGAUUGAUCACUGGUAGAUGUCCAUUCCCUUCAUGUUUGUCCUUGAUAAAGACCCUUUAUGUAAAUGCCCCAAGAAUAAGAAUUUCGCUUAACUCAUUUCCCUAUCUCUAGUGUCUAACACAGCCAGACACAGACAUGCUGCUUGGGAAAUCCUUUUCAUUCAUUAAGCAAAUAGCCCUAGGUAUUUGGACAAGUAAAAUCCUCAUCACAUCUACAAUUGAGUGGGCAAGAUGGUGAAACAAUAAAUGUAAAUGCAUAUUAUAUCUUGGGUCAAGAGUUAAAAAGGAAAAGAGCAGGUUUGCUGGGAGAGCUAAUUAGCGUGAUUGAUAGCUGAAUGACAAUAAAUGUCUUUGACUCCUAACUCUGAACCUGUCUCAUUUGUUCUCUGAAAACAGUAAUCAUCACUAUUAUGUUCACUGUUGCAACUGCUACUCCUGUUUCUUAUGUAUACAUUGCAUUCUAAAUUUGAUGUUAGUGUUUUCAUAUUGAUUCUAUAAAUUCAUGAACUAACCUUGCCUGAUAGGCCUCCUUAUUUCAAAUGAAACAGACAAGACCCAGGAAUAUUCUUCAUAUGAUGAGACAGCUAGUGUCACAGAUGGUGCUUGAACCAAAGCUGGUCACACAGUCUUCUGUUCUGAGAAAAGGGAAUGUCUUCUGAACUCCUAAGUGACCACUGCAGGUUCAACCUGGAUCUCAGUUCGAGAAGCCCCAAAUCAUAUUAUAUGGCAAAAGCCUCAUUCCAUUAGAUUAAAGGGCAAAAUGAAAACAACCAUAACAAAAACGAGUUGCUGGAGAGUAUUAGGAAAAAAGGGAAAAUAAUUUUGCCUUGGCCAUCUCAUGGUCACCUUCCAGCACUAGUAAGCCAUCGCCAUGGCAAUGGGAGAAAAAUUAAUGUUGAAUGUUGAGUCACUUUAAAAAGCCACAUCAACAGCAUACUGAGCUGAUGCUGUAACCUCUCUGCUACAGCUGGUCUGACAGGGCUAGAGGCAUGGUGUCGAGCUCCAUGCUGGAGGGAGGAGGGGGGACUUAAGCUCAGCCUUGGAAGAUUUAAGUCUGAGCCUUAACUGUAUCCUGUGGCCUUCAGCAAGUCUGCUGACAAACAUGAGAGGCGAUCAUAUUAAGUCAGUAUUACUAUAGUAGCUUUCUGGAAGUCCAUUCAAAACUCCGUAAAAGAGAACAGUGAUAUUUCCUAACCAGCGUCAGGAGGUUUGAUAUAAUGAGGGAUAGGGAAGUGCUUAGUAAACUGUAAUGUGAUUAACAUUUUCCAGCCAGGUUUGGAAGAACUCAUGCUGGAGUGAGGUAGGCAGGGCCGCUCUCUCUCCUUUGUCUUAGUAAAAAGCCCAAGGCUCAGAUAUUCAGAGCCUCAGCUUCCCAGCAACAUUUCCUAUUAUAAAUCUGCAACAUGCCCUGCCUGAUUUACACAAUUUGGGCUCUCUUCAUUCUCCCUGCACUUCAGUUUACCCCAUGGAAAAUGGGGAUGACACCAGAGCUCUCUUAGUAAGGUGUCCUGGAAGGGCACAGAAAGGCUGGCUGCCUGGCAGGCCGCCAUAAGUGUUAACAGCAGGGAUGGCAGAGGAGAAGAGGAAGGAGCAGGAAGAACAUUUGAAAUGACAUAUGUAUGUCAAGCUCAACACCUCCGUGGGGCACUGAUGGCAGUACUCACACCCACCAGAUGCUCUGGUGCCUUUUAGAGUGCUCAGAUCAGUCACGGGCCCCUUUCUGUCCUCAGAGGAGUCAUGCCUAUAGUGGCUUUGUGUCAGACCCAGUUUUAGGCCUGCCUUUCUUUCUAUGCUGUUUUGGGUACGAAGAGAGAACCAGACCAAAGGCUUGAUAGAGACAAGAGGAAGCUUUACUAAUAAAACAAGUUCUCUACAAGUGAUGAUUUCCCAAAUACUGCGCUCUGACAUGUUAAAAGACAACACUGGGAAGCACUGGCCUGGACAGUACUCAAAUUAACUACGUGAUGGAAAAUGCUCAAGUUAAAUUAACUAAAUAUCUUCAUAGUGAAAGUCCAUCGAGAUGUUAAUAUAUAAAUAUGCUUCUGAACCUCCUGGAUUGGGUGUCACACAGAUGUAAUGGUGCCCAAUUUUACUUAACCAAAGAAUCGGCAUUUUGCUAGUCUUUUCUAAGGACAAAAGAGUGGUAGAUGCUGUGUAAGCCAACAGGUAAGGUCGUCAAAGAUAACAAGAGGUACCAUAAAAAGAACUGGAAGAUUUCUACUAGUCCUGUGUCUAUUUAAUUAAAAAAAACAUGAAGUCUGUCUUGGCAGUAACUAAUGUGUUAGAUGAUAGAGAAACAGUAACAGGUAAGGCUGAUAGAAUCACUGUCUCUCAGAGUUCUUGUGAGCAUUCUGGAAAGAGAGAGAUGUUGCAAGGUAAAUUCAGUAUAGAAAGAGAGCAUGGAGAACCAUAUUCAAAGGGCUUUCUUGCUCCAUUUACUGGGCCAGGGGAAUCAUCCAGAACCACUUGGUUCUAAACUGAGACACAAAGAAAUAGUCACAGUCAUUUGGUGUGUAGUUUAUGACCCACUUCCUCUUUUGUGGUCUUAUUGGAACCUUCUCAGGCAGAUUCAGUGGCAAGGGUAAAGUGUGGUGGUGAAGACCACUGAGAGUCCACGGUACAGGCCAGGAAGGCACUGGGUAAGGCAUUUUAUGAAUCUAAUGCACUUAAUCUUCUUUUAACAGUAAAUAGAACUCUCAGUUUACAAAGGAGAAGUUGAGGUUUAAAAUAGUUAAGUGCCAUUCCAGAAGCUACCACCAGUAAGUAUUACAAAACCAGGGCUGCACUCAGAUCUGCAAGGUUGCAAAGCUGCUUCCUACCAUGCCAUGGCCUACCAGGAACAUGGUAGGUCCAUGGAGGUUUCAACAGGCUGAGAAAGGUAGAAAGCAAGAUGAUGUUAGAACUAAUUCUUCCUCCUCCUCUUCCUCUUCCUCCUCCUCCUCUUCCUCUUCCU